AUGGCCUCAGCAGGGAAGGCACCUGAGAAGCGGCAUAACCCAGUGGAAAGCAUUUGUAGAAAAAUCAGAGCCAUCCAAAGGAGAGAAACAAUUUCAAAUCCAAUCCAACAGAUAAUCAAAUACCAAUCCAGCAGUUUUGAUAGUCCACAAGCCAACACCAAGAAAAAUUUUGAAGAGGUACUGAGGAAAAUGGCGGCUGCUCACAUUCCUGUGCCUGACUCUAAUUUGUCAAGUUCUGGGAAGGUUGAUGCCUCCAUUUCAUCUCCUCAAAUAACAUCUCCAAGACUCCCAUCCAUUCCCCACCUCCGCUCCCUUGAGACUGGGACAUACCCUGUUGUUUUCACAAGUUCUGAGAACAUCUCAAAGCCAAGGUCAGAGAGCAAGAAGAAUUACACACCUUUGAUGUCACAGAUCAGGAAAGGGGGGUUCUUCUCUAGCAAGGAUUUGAAUAACUAUUGUAGAGAAAAUAAUUCUAGUGCCUCCACACUUGACUUUAAUUUCAACUCUGGUCAAAGCUCUGAAUGUUUUGAUCCUUGGGAUUCAGUGGUGAAGAAAUUAUCUCUGAAUGAAGAUGGAUGGAAACAAGGAGCCAGUGUUGGCAAAGAAGAUAUAACAGACAGCGUUAGCAGGGCCUAUGAAGAAGAGGUGCUCACAAGUAUUUUUAAUGAAUGUGACACAAAACACAAAGGUUCAGUAGGAGUGGCCAAAAUAAUGAAUUAUCUGAGACAAACAAGCAGCCAAGACUCAGAACACAGUGGCCUUGAAGAGCUGUGGAAUGUGCUUGACCCUGAGAAGAGAGACCCCCAUGUGGAUCUGGAAACUUUCCGGGCCAUCAUGAAAGAAUGGAUGGCUUCCUGUAGAAACAAAUGGGAAGGAAUGAGCAGGGGAUUGAGCAGCAGCAUUGAUGAUUCUGUUUUUGAACAACUGGACAGCAUAAAAUCAAGUGGAGCAAUUAAGAUGACCACAGGUAUGACAGAGUCUAUGGCAAGGAGCUUCGAGGCUUUGGGUGGAGACCUGUCUAAAGGAGUCUUAGAGGUGUCCGAUUGGAUUGCCUGUGUCGCGGACUUCCAUUUCCACAAGCAGAAAUUGGAAGAGGAAAAUAAUAAGAUAAAGUUGGCGUUAGAAACUUUGGAGGAAACUAACAGCCAGUUGUCAGAGGACUGCGCAGGACUGCGCCUUCAGAUUAAAAGUGCCCACCAGGCUAUUAUGAGAACAAAUCUGUUAAAAGAAGAACUGGAGGAACUGAAACUAAGCGUGAAUGCUUCAGAAGAGCAGAAGGCCAUGACGGUAGCCCAGAACAAACAAUUAGAGAUAGAAAACCGGGCUCUGAUUCUUAAGAUUCGUAUUCUACAGGAAGAGAACAUUAAGGGCAUCGUGGAUAUAGACAGACUGGAAAAGAGGAUUGAGGAAUUGUCUAAGACCGAGGCAGAGCGCCAAAUGCAGUUACACACAUACGAGAACAUGUUACUUAAUAAAGAUGCAGGUUUGCAGAAGAAGGAUUUACAUAUAGAAGAACUUAAGUCAACCAUCAUAGAAUGUGGAAGCAUUAUAGAGAAUUUACGAGGUGAUAAAAACAAAUUGGCUCAAGAAUUACAGCACUUGCAACAGGAGCUCAUCAUAAAUGGGAUCCAGUGGGAUGUUAGUGGACAACGUAAGAGUGUCAUCUCUGAAGAAAAAUCCCUACAUUAUGAACUCCUUCUUGCUCAGUCUGAAGAGAACAAAGAAACCGAAUGGCAGUGCAGUUUAAUCCUCUUGUCAUUUCUGGACAUGGUCGUGGACCAAAUGCUGCUGUUACUUGGAGAACCUGGGCAAAGGGGCGUGGAAUUCACAGCUGCGCUUCAGAAACUGCGUGAAGAGGUUUCUGAAGUUGAAACUCUCAUUGGGAAAUCCCUACAGUGGGUAAUGAAUCCAGAAAUUACUAUGAAAGAAAAGUGGAAAAAACAACUUUCUGAAUUCAAACAUGUCAUGGAAGAGAAGCUAAACCUUUGGAUACUAAUGCUGAACAGGUUGGAAAACCACAAGGCAUCUCUUGAUAAAGAGUUUGUCAAAUUAAUAGAGAUUUUGAAGAGACUGAGGCUGGAAUAUUUUUGUUUCAGAAAAGAAUUUCUUUCCAGUCAGAAACAAGUAGAAACCAUUAAGCAACUGCAAGAAGAUGCUGUCAGCCAGGAAGCCAUCCUCAGGAAGAGGCUCCAGGAAGCCAGCCAACGGUUGGCGGACGCAGGGGAACAGGUUAAGGAUCGAGAUCGGGCAGCCUACUCUGCCCGGGAAGAAGCUGCGUCUUUACUGCACAAAUUAGAGGAAGCAAUUUCAGAACAAUGGAACCUCCAAACUAUAAAUACUGAGUUAUCGAACGCCUGCCAGACACUUGAGCAGAAGACAAGAAAACUGAAAACAACAAUUGAUUCACUUCGAAAGCAGUUAAUUGAAGAGGGACUCCGUGGCUUGCUAUUUCAGAGCUUUUUAGAUGAGGAAUUUCCUUACUAUGAUCCCCUCUCCUGCACAGAUACAGUUCAACAAACUCUUCUAGAAAAACUGAAGCAGUGUUGCCACAAACUGUAUAGUGGUCAAGAAGCAAGAUUACAUCAGACACCCUUGACCUUGAAACACACAUCCUGGUACACACCUCUGCUGGACGCCUUAUCUCUGGAUAGCUUCACAGUGAUUCCAAGGCUGGAAGUGACGCCUUUCUCGUGCGGAGCCGACCCAUCCCAUGCUCUGUGUGACAGGCCUGAAUAUGAGGAAAUAAAGGAUGGUGCUUCGGAUGUGACGAGUCGACUCAAGUCCGCAGGCCCCACCGGUGGCCCUUACCCAGGGACAGAUCUUUCAGGUGGCAUCAGGAUGACUGAUGACCUUAGGAUGGAAGAAAAUGGUGACGAGCACUUGUGUUCUGAGAGCCUGCCGCAGUCCAGGGACCAUCCCAUCCUAUCAUCACCCAGACACACUUCGUCCACAGACACUACUGUAACUUCAAGUGAUUCUGCAUCAGAAAAUUUGAAUGUGGCUUCUAGUGACCUUGAUGGUAAAUCACUCUGUAAGAAAGAAAAGGAUGUGUCUCCUAUGAUAGAGACCUGAGGCUCAAGUCUGGUUGAUGAGAAUAUUGCAUGCCGAGACUCUAUGAAUAAGGAUAAAACUGUAUUAAAUAUGGAAGCUAAAGAGGAACCAGAAACAAUAGCAGGGCAUAAAAAGGAAUGUCCUUCAGGAGACGCUGCCGUUGCCCCUCUUCCCGUAACCACUGUGAAAUCGGUUAACUUUAGACAGAGUGACCACACUUCUGCUAAUGAGAAGGAGGUAGAGGCAGAAUUUCUCAGAUUAUCUUUGGGAUUUAAGUGUGACUGGUUUACAUUGGAGAAAAGAGUGAAACUUGAAGAGAGGUCCCGUGAUUUGGCUGAAGACAACUUGAAGAAAGAGAUCACUAACUGUUUAAAGCUAUUGGAGUCUUUAACACCUCUGUGUGAGGAUGACAACCAGGCCCAGGAAAUAAUUAAGAAGCUGGAGAAGAGCAUCACGUUUCUCAGCCAGUGUACAGUGCGAGUGGCCAGUAGGGCUGAGAUGCUGGGGGCCAUUAACCAGGAAAGCCGGGUUAGUAAAGCAGUUGAAGUGAUGAUUCAGCAUGUAGAAAACUUGAAGAGAAUGUAUGCCAAAGAACACGCUGAAUUAGAAGAAUUGAAACAAGUUCUUUUGCAGAAUGAAAGGUCUUUUAAUCCUCUUGAAGAUGAAGAUGAUUGCCAAAUUAAAAAACGUUCAGCUUCUCUAAACUCGAAGCCAUCUUCUCUUCGAAGAGUGACCAUUGCCUCUUUACCCAGGAAUAUAGGAAAUGUAGGAAUGGUGUCUGGGAUGGAAAAUAAUGAGCGAUUCAAUAGGAGGUCAAGCAGUUGGCGUAUUUUGGGAUCAAAGCAGAGUGAACACCGUCCCUCAUUACAUCGAUUUAUUAGCACCUAUUCCUGGGCAGAUGCUGAAGAAGAAAAAUGUGAACUAAAAACUGAAGAUGACUCAGAACCACCAGGAGAAGAAAUAGUAGAAAGGACAAGGAAGCCAGGUCUUUCUGAAAAGAGAAAUGCUCCAUCCAAGUGGCAAGUCUCUUCCGGUUAUGACACCAUAGCUUCCUGGACAACCACCCUCAAGGCCUCCAUUGGGAAGGCUAACAAGGCACUCUGGCUUUCCAUCGCGCUCAUCGUCCUGCUUGCAGCUCUGAUGAGCUUCCUCACAGGCCGAUUCUUCCAGAGGUCGGUGGACGCUGCUCCCAUACAGGAAGAGGAUUCCUGGAUAUCUCUAGAACACAUCUUGUGGCCGUUUGCCAAACUCCGACACAAUAGGCCACCCCCUGUGUGACAGCAGCACAUGCUACUCUAUGUAUCUUGAUUUUUAAAGUUUCAGUAUCUGAACUUUGUAAAUUAGUAACUUUUAGCUGGGAAAGUAUAGAAUGAAACCAGAGGUUCUCAGAAUGACUGUAAGAUAUUUUAUUAAUACAUUCCCUCUUUUUCCAAUUAUCUCCUCAACUAAAAUACAGUGAGGAGGAAGCCUGCCUGCAAUGUUUUAAAGAGUUUUUGAGGAAGAAAUAGAUAUUGUUUUGUCAAAGUUUACUUAAAUAAAGAUCAUUCCAAUUUUCAUACAGUGAAA